UUUUAAUAAACGGUCUGUAUUUCCUCAAGUGAACACUCGGGGAUCCGUGUCCCGAAAACGCAGGUUUAAUGGGCAACUAAACAGACAAACCCUUGAUCCUUUUUUGCGACUACUCCAGUCCGGUUCUGGUAUUCUCUCACUCGCGAUUUCGUCUAUUCUUGUUUGGUGAAGGGGAAGACCUCGCUCACUUUGAUCUUCAAAGUUCAGAACGCGUUUUGAAGCUAUUGAUAAAUGAAGCAUAUUGUGAAGAUUUUGACAUUGGUAAUGGCCAUUACUGCGUUAUGGGUUGGCCUUCUACAAACUUCUAUGAUUCCAUGCAGCCAUACUUGGUUGUUACCCAUAUAUUUUGUUGUGUCUUUAGGAUGUUAUGGUCUUUUAAUGGUUGGAGUUGGUCUGAUGAAUUUUCCAACCUGUCCUCAAGAAGCUCUAUUAUUGCAGAAGGACAUUGUUGAGGCCAAGGAAUAUCUGAAACAAAAAGGAGUUGAUGUUAGUUCCAGUUGAUGCAGUCUCAUAUCUCAUGAUCUUCUGAAUUAGCUUCUGAAAUUACCUGAUUGGGAGUUGCGAAAGAUUUUUGGCUUUUAACUUCAUACACAAAAUACUAAUGUGGGGUUUGUUUUCGAUUUUGGCUUAUGUACAUGAACUUUUCAGUAUAAUCAAUGGAUAGCUUUUUCUAUUGGUGAUUAUUUUUAUUUUUAUUUUAAAAAAUUUAUUGCAAUUUGUAGUGUUUGUGUAUUACUGGAAAGGGAUCUGGGUAGUUUGGAUGAAGUCAUAAAUUCGAAUUUCUUUGUCACCAUUGUUGUAUCAAGGAAAAAAAAAUGAUAGCUCAAUUUGGCUUGA